UUUUGUUGUGGGUGAGUUGAAGACUUUUAGAAGUGAGAGUGAGUGUGUAGCUGGCAGUGUUGGGCUCAGUGCCACUGCUGACACCGAGGGGAUAACUACGGCUGCUCCAGCAUCACGCCGUCUCACUCACUACUACUCUUACCUUACCCACACAUAGAGUGAGAAGAAUGCCGUGCCCAUUCAUGUCACGCCUGUCGGCACAGUUUGUACGUCACUACAGCUCGGCAUUGGUACGCCAGUAUGGGGAGAUGUGCCCUGUCAUCAGUUCUAUGACCUCUACCCGAGCAUUCAACUCCCUCUCCUCCAACAAGGACCCUGCAGAAGGAGAGAAGAAGUGCCCCUUUUUGAACGGCAAGAAUUUGGUGAAGCAAGCUAGCCGAGAAGUGCAAGAGGAUGUCAUUGAUCUUUCUGCUAGGGAACAAGAAUUGAGCCUAUUCCCAUACAAUGAAUUUUUCCAAGAGCAAAUUGCACAGAAAAAGGCUGACCAUUCCUACCGUGUGUUCAAGAAGGUUGCCCGCAGUGCUAGUGAAUUCCCCCGAGCUAAGGAGUAUUCAUGGGGAGAGAAAGACAUCACUGUAUGGUGUUCCAAUGAUUAUUUAGGGAUGUCUCGCCAUGAGGGAGUGCGGGCUGCUGUGAGAGCAUCCUUAGACAAGCAUGGGGCUGGAGCUGGAGGAACCAGGAAUAUUUCUGGCAACACGGUCCUUCAUGAAUCCUUAGAAGCCAAGCUGGCAUCAAUCCAUCAAAAGGAUGCUGCACUGCUCUUUACCUCUUGCUAUGUUGCAAAUGACUCCACGUUAUAUACUUUAGCCAAGGCUUUGCCAGGUUGCCACAUCUUCUCAGAUGAAGGAAACCAUGCCUCAAUGAUUCAGGGAAUUCGCAAUUCCGGUGCUCCAAAACAUAUUUUCCGGCAUAAUGAUCCAAAACAUCUUGAAGAAAAGCUUAUGUCAGUUGAUGUGGCUACUCCAAAGAUUGUGGCCUUUGAAACAGUUCAUUCUAUGACUGGAGCUGUGUGCCCAUUAAAUGAAUUAUGUGAUGUGGCACACAAAUAUGGAGCAAUAACCUAUGUGGAUGAGGUGCAUGCUGUGGGCCUGUAUGGUGAGAGCGGGGCUGGAAUAGCAGACAGAGAUGGUUUACACCACAAGAUUGAUAUUGUCUCAGGAACUCUAGGUAAAGCUUUUGGUAACAUUGGAGGUUACAUAGCAGGAAAUGGAUACCUAGUGGACAUGAUUAGAAGUUAUGCUGCUGGUUUUAUCUUCACAACUUCCCUGCCUCCAACUGUUGUUUCUGGAGCAUUGGCUGCUGUUAACAUACUGAGUGGGCAGGAGGGGCGAAUGAUGCGUGCAAAACACCAGAAAUCGGUUCGCUACCUGCGGAAUGCUCUCAUGGAAAAUGGCUUACCAAUUGAACAUUGUCCAUCCCAUAUCAUACCAGUUCAUGUUGGAGACCCUUUACAGUGUACCAAAAUAUCGGAUGAACUGAUUCGUAAUUACGGUCAUUAUGUGCAAGCUAUCAAUUACCCGACGGUACCCAGAGGCCAUGAAAAGCUUCGUAUAGCUCCUACGCCCCAGCAUACACCAGCCAUGAUAGAUUGCUUUGUUGCUGACCUAAUAACUGUGUGGAAAGAUCUCGGAUUACCAUUAUGGAAUAGCAGCUGCCCUGAGGAAUGCACCUUUUGCAAGAAGCCCCUUCUCUUUAAUGCAUUGGAAGCACGAGAGCGAUGCAACGCAGACUGUGACAAGCCAUACUGUCCCUUGUUGGUGGAAUGCCUGUAACCAAUCUGCCUUAACCCUGAUGGUGACAUUUGUGAAAUCAGAGCCUUAUAUAUAAAAUAUAUUUCAUGUGAUAGUGCUGUACAUACAGUGUUCCAAAAUUCAAUGUUAGUUUUAGUAUAAUGUGCUAGCAUAUUUAAAUGCAAAGCUGAUUAUAAACAAAAAUGUUAAUAGUGGCUGAAAUUUGUUGAAGGUAAGUAUACAGGGUUAAAAAAAAAUUAUAUAUAUAUCAAAUUUGUCCAUAUUAGGCAAGCAGCAUGUAAAGUAUUUGGGAAUAAUGGUUAUGCUCCCUUAACAAUAGACAAGCCAAUAAAGCAUUAGCCAAAAAAAAAAACAAAAAAAAAAAAAUUAUGGGAUCCCUGGAUUUGAAAGUUCUCGUCAUCCAUCCUAUCACAAUUGUUGUACUGUACAAAUCGCUUGUACUGUCCCAACUUGAGUACUUCUCAGUACUUACUUCAGAGCAGGAGAGAUUGUACUCCCAUUUUUGUUCUCUAUUGAAAUAGAUGCAAUAAAGCACCUAAAUUAUUAGGACCAUCUCAAAGCUCUUUAAAUGUACUCGCCAGAAAUGACACAAGAUAUCAAAUAAUAUACAUAUCCCAAAUUUACCCAGUAAAAUAAUAUACUGAAGUGAAGGACAUGGAAAAAAUGCAGACUAGAACCAGUGAGGCACAGGGGUGCCAUAGACACAGAGAACACUGCAUAAACGUCAGAGGUCGACAGAUGUUCAACAUCCUCCUGGUUAGUAUAAGACAUAUGGCUGGAAUAACUGUGGACAUCUUUAAGAAACUAGGUCGUUUUCUCUCAAAGUGCGAGACAUGUGGGACACUACAGAGUAAUGGACCAAGCUCUCACAAGUCAAGCCUGCCUAGGAGUAAAAGAACCCUAUUAAGCAGGCAUACCAGUAUGUUCUCAAAUAUUCCAUGGGAUAAAGUUUAUAUACACUAGCAUCCCAAAGUCAAAUGACUUUUUAUCAUAAACUCAGUAUAGUACAACAAUGGUAAGUUUGAUUGUCUUUAAAUAUAUACUCAAUGAUUAUAAUAGGCAGUGGGUUACUUUGCAUUACUUGCUGCUAAAUGUAUUUGAUCUGCAGUAGUACUUCAAAAUUAACCAAUCAUGAAUAAUGUAAUAAACAUAUAUACCAGA